AAAAGUUUGAAUUAGUGAUGCUCAAGCCUGUGCUAGGAGUAACUGUGGCUGUUCCAACAACCAAACGGACAGGCAUCCCAACUCCCCGGGAACUCUCAGUAACUGUCUCAAGAGAGAGAUCUGUGCCACGAGGUCCCUCCAACCCAAGGAAAUCAGGGUCCAGUCCAACUUCAUCCUGCACUCACACCCCUACUAAGCACCUGAGGACCACUUCUGCAAAACUAAAGCAAGAGAAUGAAGCGGGAGAGAAGGCUGUGCUUGAAUCCCGAGUUCGGGAACUUCUAGCAGAAGCCAAAGCCAAAGAUAGUGAAAUCAACAGGCUUCGAAGUGAACUAAAGAAAUGCAAGGAAAGAAGGGCCCUGAGCACUGAGGGGACUGAUGCCGCAGACCCAAGUUCAGAUGGAACAUCAUUUCCACCAGGAAACACAGAACCUUUGAUAAGAACCCUUGAAGAGAAGAACAAGACCUUUCAGAAUGAGCUUGCUGACCUAGAAGAUAACCGGAUCUUAAAGGAAAAACUGACUUACCUUGAGCAGUCACCAAAUUCAGAAGGGGCAGCAAGUCACACUGGUGACAGCAGCUGCCCAACAUCUAUAACCCAAGAGUCAAGCUUUGGAAGCCCAACUGGAAAUGAACUGUCAAGUGAAAUUGAUGAGUAUAAGAAAAACACAUAUGGAAAUACAUUACGGACAUCUGGUUCUUCAAGCAGUGAUGUCACCAAAGCUUCUUUGUCACCAGAUGCCUCAGAUUUUGAGCACAUCACCACUGACACCCCGUCUCGGACCCUGUCCUCCACAAGCAACCCUUUUAAGAACUCCAAGUGUUCAACCACAGGGAGUUCUCCAAACAAUGUAAGUGAGCUGUCCCUUGCUUCCCUUACAGAAAAGAUACAGAAGAUGGAAGAGAAUCACCACAGCACUGCAGAGGAGCUACAGGCCACUCUACAAGAGUUAUCAGAUCAGCAACAAAUGGUGCAGGAACUGACAGCUGAGAAUGAGAAGCUGGUGGAUGAGAAGACUAUUUUAGAAUCGUCCUUCCACCAACAUCGAGAAAGGGCAGAGCAGCUAAGUCAAGAAAAUGAGAAACUGAUAAACCUUUUACAAGAGCGAGUGAAGAAUGAUGAGCCCAGUGCCCAAGAAGGGAAAAUCCUUGAUUUAGAACAGAGAUGCACAGAUAUUCUUGAGAAAAGCCGCUUUGAAAGAGAGAAACUGCUCAACAUUCAGCAGCAGUUGACCUGUAGCUUACGGAAGGUUGAAGAAGAAAACCAAGGAGCUUUGAAUAUGAUCAAGCACCUGAAAGAAGAAAAUGAAAAACUGAAUGGGUUUCUAGAAUUAGAGCGGUGUAACAGUAAUGUGAUGACCAAAACUUUGGAAGAAUGUAGAGUUACCUUGGAAGGCUUGAAGAUAGAGAAUGGGUCCUUGAAGGCUCAUCUGGAAGGUGAGAAGCAAAAAGCCACAGAGACCAGUAGUAACUUGGGGCAGACAACAGAGAACUGUGAACUUCAGGAAAUGUUGAAAGUAGCUCGAGCUGAGAAAGAUCAGCUGGAACUGUCUUGCACUGAGCUCAGACAGGAAUUGCUAAAAGCAAAUGGUGAAAUUAAACACAUUUCAAGCCUGCUAGCUAAGAUGGAAAAAGAUUAUUCUUACCUGAAGGAAAUCUGUGAUCAUCAAGCAGAACAGCUGAGCAAAACCAGCCUAAAACUGCAAGAGAAAGCAUCAGAGAGUGAUGCAGAGAUUAAAGACAUGAAAGAAACCAUAUUUGAAUUGGAAGAUCAGGUGGAACAACACCGAGCUGUCAAGUUACACAACAAUCAGCUCAUUAGUGAGCUAGAGAGUAGUGUGAUCAAGCUGGAAGAGCAGAAGUCAGACCUGGAACGGCAGCUAAAGACCCUGACAAAACAGAUAAAGGAGGAAACUGAGGAAUGGAGGCGGUUCCAGGCAGACCUGCAGACUGCAGUGGUGGUGGCCAAUGACAUCAAAUGUGAGGCUCAGCAGGAGCUACGCACUGUGAAGAGGAGGCUGUUGGAAGAGGAGGAGAAGAAUGCCAGGCUACAGAAGGAGCUGGGGGACAUACAGGGCCACAGCAGACCUGAGAAUGAAGAGCCUGAGCCAUCGGAGGUCAACACUGCUGGCCGGUGGCAUGGUGUCUAUGUCAGCAGAACAUCUCCAGCACCUGCAGAGUCUGCAACCACUGUUAAGUCACUGAUCAAGUCAUUUGACUUGGGACACCCAGGUGGAACUGGGCAGAAUAUUUCCAUCCAUAAGGCCCCCAGAAGUCUGCUAAGUGGAAUACCAGUGAGGACCACCCCAGCAGCUGCUGUAUCUCCCAUGCAGAGGCAUUCAACUUAUAGCAGCCUUCGGCCAGCCAGCAAAGGCAUGACUCAACGCUUGGAUAUCCCAGACCUUCCUCUCUCAGGUGACUAUGUCUUUGCUACAGAUCUUCUGAAGGGGAGGACUGAGGACCUGAAGCCAGACCCUUACCUCCGAAAGAGUCCUUCACUGGAGUCACUAAGCAGACCCCCCUCCCUGGGCUUUGGGAGCACCAGACUACUGAGUGCCUCCACUGGGGGGUUGAAACCACCGAGCAAACUCAGUGUGGAAAGAAGAGACCCUCUGGCAGCCUUAGCCCGGGAAUAUGGUGGCUCCAAACGCAAUGCACUAUUGAAAUGGUGCCAGAAGAAGACAGAAGGUUAUGCGAACAUUGACAUCACCAAUUUCAGCAGUAGUUGGAGUGAUGGCCUGGCCUUCUGUGCUCUGCUCCACACCUACCUGCCUGCCCACAUCCCUUACCAGGAAUUGAACAGUCAGGAAAAAAAGAGGAAUCUGUUGUUGGCGUUUGAAGCAGCGGAAAGUGUAGGCAUCAAACCCAGCCUGGAGCUCAGUGAGAUGCUAUACACAGACCGGCCUGACUGGCAGAGCGUGAUGCAGUAUGUGGCCCAGAUCUACAAGUACUUUGAGACGUAAACCCAGGGGCCUGAAAUCAGCCACUGCCAUCUGCGUAUGUCCUGGAAGCACCUGGUCACUGUCCAGUGACCCAGCUCUGUCUGCUGCCCAGCCGUCUGGAUUUCCAAGGAAGGCUCAAGUCAAAUGGAUCAACACUCAAAUAAGAAACAGAGGCUGGUUUCACCAUGUCACUAUUGCAAAUGCAAAUGCCAUUGGAGGAUAAGUUGGGGAGUUUUUGCUCUUGUGGAAGGUUCUGCAGAAGAUGCCUCCCUCUUUCUAGACCAAGAUCCCCUACCUGGGCACAUUUCUGUGAGAACCCACAACAGUAUUGCCAAUCCCAUUUGAUGGCUUGAUGUAUAAUCUGCACAGAGAUUCAUGACAAACAGCACCUCCAAGCUAGUCUUUUUUUUUGUUUUUUCACUAAAAAAAAAAAAUGUAACUCUUGCUUUUAUAAAAACUUUGCCCUUGCCACCCCCUCAAAGAAAAACCCAAUACCCCACAAAACACAAAAAAUCUUUUAUUCAGAGCAGCCUGGAAACAUGUUGGCCUUGCUCUUUGGGGGAAAUAUGAUCAAGUUCAAGUAGCAAUUUUAACACCUAGAACUUGAUUACAUUUUUAGGUCCCACAGUCUCUUAUUUGAGUCUUUGGAUGUGCAAAGGAGCCCCAGGUUCCUUGCUGAAUGGUCCCUGUGAGAUGCUCUCAGCAGGAAGUGUGUGUAGUGUGUGGUUCACAGGGCCAGAAGGGAAACCCCAGGAACUGUCUGCAGUGGCUUUUUUCCUUCCACUUUUUAAGACUCCCAUUCAUACCCACACGUUUGUUCCACAUGUAGAACCUGACCAACGGCCACUUGUGUGUGUGAAAUAUCCUGUGUCUGUUGUGAUCCUCACUCAUUUGCAUAAUUCCCUUUGUUGGAAGCCUGAGAAAGGUAAAGGAUGUGUAUCUGGGGAUUCUGGCCAGACAGCAAAUCUAAACAACAUUUUAGCUCUUGACAAACACAGUUUUUGGUACUUCAUUUGGCCUUUCACAUUUGCAUGGCAAAAAGAAGCCCUUAAGGGUGGGCAAGGCUGGCUCCAUUUGUAACUCAACACAGUUUUCCCUGAUACUCUACUAGUUUCCCUAAGUAGCAGCAGGACCUUCCCCAGAGUGCUCGGCCCGGGUGUCUGACUGCUGGCUCUCUCGUAUUCUCCUUGGGCAAAGAAAUGUGCAUUCAUAGCAGAUGAGGAUGCCUGUCUCACAGGUAGUUGGGGUAAAUGCCCACCACUUGCUGUUUUAAGUGCCAAAUAGCAUUGUGUUCAUGCCUGUCUGACAAAAAGUCAUAUGAAUAAAUCCUUAGAUUUACAAUUACUGCCAAAAUUAUUUGAAGUGAAUCUCUGUUGGCCUGAGCCACAUGUUCAGAGCCAGGUCUAGGGGCUGCAGUUUCGGACCCUGUGCUGAGAAUCACAUGGGCUUUGUCCUCUCCUCCAGGCUAGCUCUUGGCAGAGGUGGCAGCCGGGCCCUGCUGGGCAGGCCAGCCCUGAUUCUCAAGCUGCUUCAACUGAUGCAGGGCUACAGCCUCUGCUUUCCAGCUAUGUCUGUCGUUUUCAGCUCUGACUCAGUGUCUGAAUCCGGUGGAGAGCUAGAAACCAUGAGCCUGACCUGCCCAGUCAGGUGAGUCUGAGUAUCUGUACAAUCUGUACAUGCUCAGAGUGCUCUGGGAUGCUGGUGCAAGCCACACAGAGGGGAGACUGUCUUUCCUGGGCAGCCCUGUGGCACUAGAGUAGCAGAAGCUACUGAGCAGCUUUUUUGGGGACCAGUAUUAAUUAUGUAACUGGCCCCUUUGUUUUCACAGAGAAGACUCAUUUGAAACAAACGUAGCUUGUUCCUUCCUGAUGAAUGUAUCCAAAUGAGAGUGUUACCUGUG